AUGCAGGUCCGCGGUACAGCACGGCUUUUGGUACUUCACAGAAACAGGGGAGGUGAGCAGCCCAUCGCUCUAUUUUACAGAUACCCUGUUAUUUACCGCCCUCAACGUAGUUAUCAACAAGUACCACCUUCGCCAAACAAACUCGAUGAUGCCAGCUCGGUCGGUCCAGUGGAGAUGGUCACUGUACCAGCACUCGGACCAGAAUGGAAGGCGUCGGAAAUGCGAGAUAUGACGAAGUCUGGAAGGAGGGAGAAGAAGGCGGAGUCGAGGGACACAUACUGGAAGGAAUUUCGACGUGGCGAACGGGGCCUGUUUGGCAAGAGGUGGCUCACAAGGAAGUUCAUCGUCUUCUUUAUGUUCGGUCUAAUCAUAUUGAUCGGUGUCGUGCUUGCGAUCACCAUUCCGCGAGUACCAGGGUUCUCUAUCAACAGCACCGACCCCAUCGUGGAGGCCACUGGAGACUUCAAUGCGUCAAUAACUACUGAAUUCAGUCGCUCUCCCGCCAAUUUCUCCUUCCCUGGACUCGCGCAACUUGAAGUUGAUACCUCUUCCAACAUUCUCCCCCUCACAUUCACCAAACUCGAUGCUCUAGUUUAUGACCUCGACACCUCGAAGAAGGUCGGAAAGGGUUCACUGGGAAAACAGACGUUUCCUGCCAAUACCUUCAGCGCAAUGCAGUUCCCGUUGAACUUUACAUACACUGCUACCAACGACUCAGAUACCACCUGGGUGGCCUGGUACGACGCUUGCAGAAACUCUGCUUUAAAUGCGAACGGCACUCGACCAGGCAUUCGAUUCCGGUUAGAUAUUGACUUCUGGAUCGCCGGGCUCAUACCUAAGCAUUCGACUACGACUUCCGUCACGAACGCGGACUGCCCCAUCGAGCUUUCUCAAAACUCGGUCUAG